UAUACAUUACAACAUCUAAUUCAAGAAAUCCAUAAUGUUCUUGGUCCUGAUGGUGGUCUUGAUUCUGAGCAUAUUGAUCAAAAUGAAAUCAUUCGCUUGAUGGAGAAAUAUGGAUCCAACCGUGAAGAUUGGCAAAAAUAUACUAUGUUUGAUCGAUCACGUCCUUAUACUCGUAAUUUGAUUGAUGAUGGUAAUGGCAAGUUUAAUUUGAUGAUUUUGGCAUGGUCCGAAGAAAGACAUAGUCCUAUUCAUGAUCAUGCUGGAUCCCAUUGUAUCAUGAAAGUACUUGAUGGCAAUUUACAAGAAACUUUAUAUGAAUAUCCAAACAAACUUGUUGAAGAAGAUGAUGUUAUGUUAUCGCAUGUAGAUAUUACCGCCGAUAAUUCGGAUGAUGGUUGUAUUGAUAAGUGUCCGUUACGAGUCACAAAGGAUAGUAUUUUGCAUCCAAAUCAAGUGGCCUAUAUUCAUGAUAAAAUUGGUUUACAUCGAAUUGCCAAUCCAAGUGCAGUAAAUGGUGCUGUAUCAUUACAUCUUUAUACUCCUCCGUAUAAAACUUGCAAGACUUUUGAAGAGAAAUCAGGUAAAGCUCGUAGUGCCAGUCAAUGUACCUAUUAUUCCAUUAAAGGAACCCGU